AUUCUUAUAGGAGAGGCCAUUCUGUACUGCUAUCUCUCCAGGAGGUCAUCAGCCACACAGACUGAGGCCAACAUCAACGCUGCAGGCUGUAAUUUCAACUCCUACAUCCGCAGGGCUGUACGCUUCAUAGGAGUCCAUAUCUUUGGCCUUUGUGUAACAGCACUGAUAACGGAUAUCCUCCAGCUGUCCACUGGUCAGCACACCCCCUACUGGUUGGAUGUGUGCAAACCCAACUUGACCCACAUCAACAUGUCCACCUGUGAUGAAGCUUUUAUUCUGGAGGAUAUCUGCUCUGGACAGGACAGCGGGCUCAUCAAUGCUGGGAG